CGGCGAUAUUAGCUAGCACUCGCUUACGGUAUUCUCUGCAAAAGGGAAGACGGCAACUUAAGAAAAUCAACACCUGGAUUGCUUUAAGGACAGUACCUCAAUAAAUUAUAACUGAUCGAGCAAGGACUUAUUAAGUUGUAAACGUUACAACCGACGGUUCAUAUUUUUUGUUGGGUGUCUGUUGUCUCAUGAUGGAAGAUAACGGUGCACAUUUCUUCGAGGGGACUGAGAAGCUGUUGGAGGUGUGGUUCUCUCGGCAGGAUGAGACCAAAGGAACCGGAGACCUCCGUACCAUCCCAAGGUUUGAGUGGGACAAACUUUUGGAGAAUGUGCAUUGUUUGAUCAUAAGUGUGACAAAGUCUGACAAGCAGGAAGCUUAUAUACUCAGUGAGAGUAGCAUGUUUGUCUCCAAGAGACGUUUCAUUUUGAAAACGUGCGGAACCACCCUCUUACUGCAAGCACUGGUGCCUCUGCUGGAACUCGCCAGGGAGUACUGCGGUUUCGAUGCCAUCGAGAAUUUCUUCUACUCCCGCAAGAACUUUAUGAAGCCAACCCAUCAAGAGUUCCCUCAUCGAAACUUCCAGGAGGAAGUGGACUUUCUCAGCCAGAUUUUCCCAAAUGGCGCAGCCUACUGUAUGGGACGUUUGAACUCUGACUGCUGGUACCUGUUUACCCUGGACUUACCAGAGUACUGGGAGAACAAGCAUGCGGAUCAGACGCUGGAAGUUCUGAUGAGUGAUCUCGAUCCAGCCAUCAUGGACCAGUUCUAUAUGAAAGAUGGUGUUUCUGCAAGUGAUGUCACUCGUAUGAGUGGAAUUCGUGACCUGAUACCAGGUUCUGUGAUCGAUGCCACAAUGUUCAACCCUUGUGGAUACUCAAUGAAUGGAAUGAAGGCUGACGGAACUUACUGGACCAUCCACAUCACCCCGGAGCCAGAGUUCUCCUACGUCAGCUUCGAAACCAACCUCUCCCAGACAUCGUACGAUGAUCUGGUCAGGAAGGUGGUGGAGGUGUUCAAGCCAGGAAAAUUUGUGACUACGCUUUUUGUCAAUCAGAGCUCCAAAUGUCGCAGCGUCUUUUCUUCUGCCCAGAAACUCGAGGGCUACAAGCGUCUCGACCGCCAGUUGGCUCAAUUCAACGACUACAAUUUUGUCUUCACAAGCUACGCCCAGAACCGCCAGCAGAACCAGCAGAGCUGAGGGUUGAAGAUGAAGAAGAGGCGUAAAAAGAAAGGUGGCCGCUCGGGACUCCCCCCUUGCGGCCAGCUUCACCCCCCAGUAGCGAGCUUGUCGUCCUCCUUCCCCCUCCUCCGCCCCUUUUGUUGCCGUCAUCGUUCAGAAUCUUCCGGUGCUGACGCGGCCGCGAGCCCUAGUUUAACCUCCAGUUUGAGUUGUUUGCAUUGUUGUAACUGUGACUUAGAUCUCUUGCAUGAAAGCUCUUUUCUCUGUUUCGAUAUUCUAGCUCACUCUUGCUGUGAUCUUGAAGUGCAUGUAGAGGAAUUAAACACGCUCUGUUUGAGACUGUCCACCUGUGCCCGGUACGACGGUCCCUUCCUGCAGGUGUCCCCCCUCAUCCCCCACAGACAAGGCUUCCGCCCGCACUAGGCCAGGGCCCUGACAUGCUCAGAUCAGUCGGCCUCUUUAUGAGCUCAGCCUGUCCAUUUUUUAAAAUUUGCAAAUUCCCCAACCAGCCUCUAAUUCACCCUCCAAUGUAACAAUCGGUAUUUAUGAUCCACCAAUUUUUGAGUGCACUUUAAAGACCUGUUUACUCUUGGUACUAAAAGGCCAACCUUCUGUCUCAAGUCUGAUUGAAUGUAUAAGUCGUGGUAAGCUUUUGGCCUUUCUAUUCAUUGUCGUAUGUCAAACGAAUGCCAUACUUUCUGUUUAAUGUCGCACUACUGGAUAAAAGGUUUGCAGCUUAUUGGUAAUUGUGCUCUUCUUUUGCUGUGAACUGCACUAAAGUGAAAGACUUUCUGCUCUGCUGGGCUUUGAGGCCGACUCCAACACCUGCAUUCAUUCAUUUGUGCUCCUCCACCUCGACAAUCAUAUAGCCCUUGCGUUUCCCCAAAUAGACAGGCUUUUAAAGUUGUAUGCCUAUGAAUAUGAAUCAUUCACACCAUUUGACAUGCGCACUUUGCUGCAUCCAGGGUUAUUUUUGUACAGUGUGCUGUGUCUAUAGGAAGCUUCUAUACUAUAGAUGCCCAGUCAUGUUCAGCACUCUAAUUUUCCACAUUCACACCAAAUGAUUAGAUGGAAAAUGUUCAAAGUGAAUGUAGCACAGGCUGUGUAAAGCCACAGUCUGCCGCCCCCCCCCCCCCCCCCCCCCCCCCCCCCCCCCUCCCUCCUAUCUUUCGAAUGUACACGUCUCUAGAGAAAAGCCUGGACCGGGUUUGAGCUGAAUGUACGACUCCAGGAGAGCACCCCCAACCCCCACCCUCCUCUUCCCUCCCACACACACAGCUCACAAUGACCUCUGCUGAGCAGCCAUUGUCCAGCUCGCAGCAGGUCUCCCCCUGCCAGAGUCAGACUGUCAGCUGGCCCCAGAACUGUGACAUGACGAGAGGCAGCCCUCCUGGCUGCGCCCGCUCUGAAUGGGAAAUAAUGAAUCAGACUCUUUUUGCUUAGUUGCCCAGCAAAGCAUUUUUCUUCUUCCCACAUAAUAUCCAUCCUCUCUCUGUCUCUUUCCGCCCCAUACAGAAAUCUGUGAGCACACAAUAGAAGCCCACCAGUCUGAGCAUGCCAGGGUGAUCCCGGAUCAUUCCACAUGUAACCGCUGCAUAAACUGCCAUUUUAUUACAUUUACUGUGCCCAGACAUUUUUUGCAGUGAAUUGGUCGAAAAUGUGACUCCCCUAGCAGUUUUCUUUUUCUUUUUGUUUGGAUCAAUGCCCUUUGUCCGUCGAGGGGGAAAAUCCUGUGACACUAUGGUGCAUGUGACUACUAGUGCUGUGUUGCUUGACAGUGUAGUGUAGCGCCGUCUCUUCCUCCUUUUGUCAGUAGGUCUGUGCUUCACCUUCCUCUUGUUUUACCAGCUGAAAGCGUAGUUGCGACUGCCGCAUCCUGAUGCGUUUUGGAUAGGCGGGGACUUUUAACUUUAGGGGUUGGGUCAACUUGUAAUUAAUGUUAUUUCAAGUUGUGGACAAGCGCUGAAAGCAGGUUAGAUCUCUUAUUCACGAAACAUUAGUCAAACGUCCAAGGUUCGCCCUCUGCUGCGGCGUUCAUGACACUUCUCCUGCCAGAGAACGCAGUUUGAAUUAUGAACCAGAGAAGACACGGCGGGGGUCUCAACCUGCUUUCAGCUCCGUGGUGCAGCACAAUCUGUUCUUUGAAAUAUCUGCGAUGAUCGCAUAAGCACCUGUAACAGUACGUUCAUCACCUAAGGCUCUCUGAGCCAGUUGGGGCAGUUCAUGUAAGAACAAGCAGUGAAGUUGACGCUGGAAUAGUUUCCCUCUAGUUUGUAUAUCAUGACGUUUGGGAGUGGUUUCGUUCUUUUCCUGAGGACCAAUCUCUGCCCUCACAUGGCCUGCUCUCAACCUGUCCGAUGUCUUGGGUGAUCUGCCAUGACUGUCGUAGGUUCUCUUUAAGUCACACAUUGAGGGAUUUCAAGUUGAAUGCUGUCUGUUCUUGGAUUAAGUAUAUUUUAGCCUUGUUGGUGUGGAUCAUUGCUAUCUUGUUUUAUUUUUUUAUACAGUGAACUCAAAAUGCAUUUUUGCAGUUGAACGGUAAUAGAGUUUUAUACAAAAAAAUAUUUUGUAUUUUUGCUGCGGACCAAUAUUCUCCUUUUUUUUUUUUUCUUCCCCUUUUUGUCCAGUUGUUUGUUUCGUUGUAAAACCAGUGUUCUGAAGUUAAGGGAUGACCUUUUCAAAGCUGACUAAAUGUUUGGUUUAUUACUUCACUUUCCCUUCCUCUGCGAAUCAUCUGAAAGACUGCAGAGGAGGGGGCAGUGAAAGCCUCCCCAGGUGAGAGGGUGCAGUUGCAGGAUGUAUCAGGAUGUACUGAUGGAGAAACUUUGCUGUUCUAAUUCUUUCUUUUGCUGUUCUUUGGAUGGUCAAGAUGUGCUAAAUAUAUCUGUGCUAUGAGCUUGAUGCUUCAAUAAAAAAGACUUAUCUGUG